AUGGGCGAUGCAGAUAUCGAAUACUGGCGCACAAAGUACGCUUUACUAGAGGAGCAGUUUCAACAUCAAAAGAAUCGGAAUGAAGAGCUAGAAGAUCGACUUUUAAAUAUGGUUGAAAAGAUUGAGACGGAAAAGAAACAACUAGCUGGUGAGAUCGAUGCACUAACGAGGAAACUAGAAUGGUUAACUUCAGUACAGAAAUCAAAUUCGAAGAUGGAUGACACGACAGAAACAUUUGAACCCGAGGAUCCAUCAACGACGGAAGCUUCUCACACGGAUAUAGACUUUUUCCGACCAUCUGGCAAGAGCAUUAUUCUUGGAUCACGCGGCUCAUCAUUUCCAACGAAAGGUUAUCAUCAUUUCCCUGUCCUUGCUCUCGAUGAAGGUAUAAUCUACGGAUUUCGAUGGAAAAAAGGGCUAUCAAAACCGCUGAAAGGCUGCUAUAAUUGA